AUGUCGAGUUCCUCAAAGGCUAGCAGGAGAAAGAAAAGCUUUCAGGAGUCUGAUAGGUGCGAAAAGGUUCUGGUACUAAUCUAUAAGCUUCGGAAUGAAGUAUACGGCAUAGUGGCCGAAUAUGCCGAAGCCAGAGUGGUCUAUCGCUUCUACGGAUUAUAUAACAGCGUAGAGCAGAAGACGGAUAAGACUCCAAGGUCGACUACGAUUUUAGGCGCCCGCCUCGUCGACAAGCAGAUGAGCAAAGAGUUCUCCGAGAUACUCGAAGGCGUCAUACCGCUCCAGAUCGUCCUCGACAUGGCUAGCACGGGACGCCACCCAUCACCGAAGCUGUUGUAUAGCAUUCGCAACUUCCCGUACUUCAGUAACCUUCAGAACAUCGAAGUCCAGCUCGGCAUAGACCGGUCUAGUCUGACACUCUUCAGCCUGGUGGAAUGGGCACAUGCCUUCACGAUGGAGCGCGGUCUCGCCGACAGGGAAAGUGAAGAGUCUGAAGACGAGGAGUUCGUGGCCAUCGGGCGUAACGGGAUUGAGGGUGCUAAGCCAGCGCACCUGCAAUUGUUCGGCGCUCCUCGACGGCGCUCCUCGAAGGUCGGGAUAAGAUUAAAAGCAUAG